UCAUUCGAAGGCCAUGAAGCUGACAUAAAUACUGUUCGGUUUCAUCCAAACGGCGACGCAUUUGCUACUGGUUCUGAUGAUGCAACGUGUCGUUUAUUCGAUUUACGAGCUGAUCGUCAAGUAUGUGUCUAUGAAAAAGAAUCUAUACUAUUCCCAGUGAAUGGAGUGGACUUUAGCGUGAGCGGACGCAUUCUAUUUGCUGGUUACGGUGACUAUCGCGUCGGUGUAUGGGAUUCACUUAAAUGCGUACGUCAUUCUGUACUUUAUGGCCAUGAAAAUCGUAUCAGCUGUUUACGAACCAGUCCCGAUGGGACCGCUAUAUGUUCUGCCAGUUGGGAUUGCACUAUUAGGGUAAGAGCUUACCCUUACGCUUACCCAGCAUUACCCAACCUUACCCAAAAAUUGUUUUCAGAUCUGGGCGUAAAUCUCGUCCCCCACCCCAUCUAUGCGCCACUUUCAUUGCAAUUCCCCGCAUAA